AGUGGCUCCCCCUUUGACACAUCCUCACCUGGCCAUGAAAGCAGCCGGGGCUCCACGAGCGCUUGCUUCCAAAGGUGGAGCCGCCAGGAGCGCGCCAGUGCCAACCCGAGAGGGGCAAGGGCCAGCCAAGGUGUGGCAGAUGCCGUCCGUGCAGGACAUCGCCUUCACUGAGUCGCCCCUCUCGGUGCAAGUGACGCUGGACCAUGGAGAUGAAGACUACGUGGGCGAGGCGGACGCCCUGCAAUACGCCUUCCCAGAGUCCGUGUGGUCGCGCCAGGGAAAGCCGCAGAAGGUCUGCCUGGGGCCCUACGCCAAACCGGAGGACUGGGACCGCUUCCGCCCCGUGUGCCCGGCCAUCCUGCGCGCCACAGAGCAGGUGCUGCAGUCCUUCGACCACAAAGUGGAGGUGACCUUUGGGGAUGUUUUAGACUACGCUCCUGGGCAUCUGCUGGGCUGGCACCAGGACAACAUGGACCUGAAGCGCCAUGUCUUCACUGUGGUGUUGACACUGGUCUCCUGCGGCGAGGGCCGGACUGAGUGGCGGCGCAUCGCGCCGGACGGGCGCGAGCUUCUGGAGGUGGUCAGCUCCACACGGCCCGGCAACGGAUCGCUGGCCAUCCAUGGCCUUUGCUGCAACAAUGCCCUGGCGCAUCGCGCCUUUUGGGAUGAGGGCCGUCGCAUUGCCGUGGUCCUCUUCUGCCGCUCUGCAGAGCUGGAGGCCGCGCUGCAAGAGGAAGGCACCCAAAGCCGCCUCUCCAUGCGGCACUGGUGGACCAAGGCCAAAGAAGCCCAAGCAGAGGCCAAGGCCUAUGAAGCCCCGGAGGCCAUCUUGCCAACCAUUGACUGGAGCACUCGGCAGCUGGUGCCCUUUUUGAGGACCUUCGUCCCGCUGCCCAGCGUCGAUCACCCCGCCGCCCAGGCAUGGCGCCAGGCGCGAACGGGAGCGCAAGGGCCAUUCUAG